AUGGCUCAACAGACUGCUUCUGUGUUUCGUCCCGACCUCAUGAAGGGCAAGGUCGCCUUUGUCACUGGCGGCGGAUCUGGCAUCUGCUAUGGCAUCACCAAGCAGCUCAUGGCUCACGGCGCGAACGCUGCGAUCUUCGGCCGGCGCAAGGCAAAGGUCGACUCGGCCGCACAGGAGCUGUCGAAGGAGACUGGGUCGAAGUGCAUUGGCAUCUCGGGCGACGUCAGGAAGAUUGAGACGCUCGAGGCGGCGGUCAAGCAGACCAUCGAGGAGUUUGGGCGCAUUGAUUUUGUCAUUGCGGGUGCUGCGGGCAACUUCCUUGCUCCGCUUGACGGUCUCUCUUCCAACGCCUUCCGCACCGUUCUUGAGAUCGACACCCUUGGCACCUUCAACACCUUCAAGUCGACCAUCGACGAGCUCGUCAAGACCAAGGGCUCGCUCAUCGCCAUCUCUGCGACGCUGCACUAUACCGGCAUGCCCCUUCAGGCGCACGUCUCGGCGGCCAAGGCGGGCGUCGAUGCGUUGAUUCGGGCGGUGGCGGUGGAGUAUGGACCGCGCGGUGUCCGGGCGAAUUGCAUCGCUCCUGGACCAAUCGCGGGAACAGAAGGAAUGGACCGCCUCAUGCCAAAGGAGCUCGUCGACAAGCACACCAGCAUGAUCCCGCUCCAACGAUACGGCUCGAUUGACGACAUCGCGUGGACGGCGCUCUUCUUGUUCUCGCCCGCCGCCAGCUACGUGACUGGGACUGUCUCGAUCGUCGACGGAGGAGAUUGGCACAUGUCGGGCGCGAUCGGCGGCGCACCCUACCCAGACGCCUUCUCUGGAGCUGGCGAGGCGCCGGCCAGCAAGCUCUAA